CCGUCGAUAAAACUGUACGACAGUUCAUGCUGAAUCGGCAGUUGCAUACCCCAGACGAUAAGCAGACUAAGCGUCCUAGGACAACCAUCCCUUUGGCCUUUGGGAGAGAAAAAUGGCCAGCAGUGGCGAGGUGAAGGCGGCGGCGGCGGCGGUGCAGAACAAGAAGGUGGUGCUGAGGCGGCACGUGACCGGGUUCCCCACUGAAGACGACAUGGAGAUCACGGUGGGCACUGCCGGUCUGCGUGUGCCGGCGGGGCUCACCGCCGUGCUGAUCAAGAACCUCUACCUGUCCUGCGACCCAUGGAUGCGCGGCCGCAUGACCAAGCACGAGGACGGCGGCAUGCCGCCGGACUUCGUCAUCGGAGAGGCUUUGGUCAAUUACACUGUGGGCAAAGUGUUGGACUCGACGCACCCGGAGUUCAACGCCGGCGACCUCGUCUGGGGUAUGAGUGGAUGGGAGGACUACACCCUCGUCACCCAGCCUGAGUACCUGUACAAGAUCAACCACUCCGAUCUGCCGCUCUCCUACUACACCGGCGUUCUUGGCAUGCCAGGUCUCACUGCAUACGCCGGCUUUUUCGAGGUCGGCAAGCCCAAGAAAGGCGAUUUCGUGUUCGUCUCGGCGGCGUCCGGCGCCGUCGGGCAGGUCGUCGGGCAGCUGGCCAAGAUCGCCGGCUGCUACGUGGUCGGCAGCGCCGGCUCCGAUGAGAAGGUCAGCCUGCUAAAAACCAAGUUUGGCUACGACGACGCCUUCAACUACAAGUCCGAGACCGACAUCGGCGCGGCGCUGAAGCGGUGCCUCCCCGACGGCAUCGACAUCUACUUCGACAGUGUCGGCGGCGCGACGCUCGACGCCGCGCUGCUGCAGAUGCGCCAUGGCGGCAGGGUCGCCGUCUGCGGGAUGAUCUCGCAGUACAACCUGGAGGAGCCCGACGGCCUGCGCAACCUGUUCUGCAUCAUCCCCAAGGCCAUCAGGGUGGAGGGGUUCAACGUCGGUGGCUGGUUCCAUGUGUACGAGAGGUUCGAGGAGGAGAUGGCCCGGUACAUCAAGGAGGGGAAGGUCACCGUCGUGGAGGACGUCGUUGAGGGGAUCGAGAGCGCGCCGGCGGCUCUAAUCGGCUUGUUCUCCGGGAGAAAUGUUGGGAAACAGUUGGUGGCGAUGGGAUGGAGGGAGUAGAAGAUAGUACCAGAGUUUGUAUCUCCAAAUAAACUUGUUAUCAAAGUUACUGCCAUGCUUAGUCUAAUAAACAUUUUAAUACAUUUUUGUAUAUAUUUUGUCAAACUUAAAA